AUGGGAGGAAGAAGACACUGCCUCCUAACUUGAAGGUGAAGGGUCGCUUAAUGUUUGUCGAUAAUGAUGGUUCCACUAUCGAAGUAGACGAACACUCCCAGGAGGGAGUAGGUUCAGAGGCGGGCAGCGUAGAAACUUCAGAGGGUGGAGUAGUCGCUGCCGUUCCUCAGAAAGGUAAGGCGACCGGUAGACGCCGCGGAGGCUCCCGGUCUAGGAGUCAAGUUGACCCCAACGGUCCUCGAUGGGAGAAAGCGGGUCUCACUGAGGACGUGUGGAGAGACCGGUACUCACCGCAGGCCUGUAUUCGCUGUGGUCAAUACGGCCAUAGUCAGUACAAGUGCCGCAAUAAGAAGUGCUUCGGGAAACACGUCGGGCCAGUAGGAAUAGUAGCUGUUCCUGCUAGGGUCGAGGUGGUGGAGACACCCUCACCAUCUCGAGAGAUGGCCCAAGCUACUGACUCCAGCGUUGUCCUGCAAACACGUUCAGACCCAUCGAGCCUCUGUUCGAUGAAUGUGUUCGAGUCCUUCGACGAGCUAGAGGUGGAGUGGUCUAGAUCAGAUCCGCUAGCUUCUUGGACGGCUCUAGUCAAAGCCCCUAAGGGUGAGAUGUUCGUCAACGAGGUUGUCAUUGGCGGCCGCAAGGCCGGGGCCUAUUACGACACUUGCUCGACUAGGAACUUUAUCAGUCGCGAGUGCGUUGAGAGACUGCGUUUACAAGGGCGAGUGCAGCGCCUGAGUCGACCUGUGGAGUCGACCUGUGCCAACAAACAGCACAUGGUAGUCAAUGACUACCUCCAGGAUGUUGAGUGUUGUUUCCCGUACGCGGGAGGGGACUUGAGACAUCGUGUCUCGUUCCUAGUGAGUGACGAGCUCCCAAUGGAUAUGUUACUAGGUAUGUACUACCUCUCUGUGGCACAGCCCCAGUUUGAUUGGGACCGAAAAGUGGUCAAACACAAUUUGCCAGGUGGAGGGACCGCCAGAUUACAUAAGUUCAAAGCUAGUAGUCUGAUUGAGUCCUAUGGGUGCAUGUGUGCGGCAGCGUUCUACAAUUACUAUAAGCAAAAUCAGGAGGAGGGUAUGUAUUUAGUCUCUGUCUCUGCUGCAGGCGAGCCGGUGAAAAUGCCGCCGGAGAUAGAGGGAGUUGUUGCUAAGUACCCUAAUCUAUUUGAAGAGCCAACAGGGGUUGUUGAGAGGGAGGUCGUCCACGCGAUAGAGAUUAUCCCGGGGUCUAGUAUCCCGAAGGGUAGGAUCCGGAUGUCUCCAGGCGAGCUUGAUGAGCUUCGCCGCCAACUCAAGGAACUCGUAGAGAAGGUCGAGGAGCAUGUUGCACAUUUGGACAAAGUCCUUAGUCUCCUGCGACAGCACAAGUUCAAGAUCAACGGAGAGAAGUGCGAGUUUGGCCGCACCCGUGUCUUGUACUUGGGUCAUGAGAUCUCCGCGGAAGGUUUGAAGCCCGAUGACGCGAAGGUGGCCAGCAUUCGUGAUUGGCCACGUCCUCAGUCUGUGACUGAGAUGAGAUCUUUCUUGGGAAUGACAGGCUACUAUAUGACUUUCGUUAAGAAUUAUAACAUAUUGGUCGCUCCUUUGACUGAUCUGACCCGCCUUGACACCCCAUUGGAGUGGCAAGAUGAGUGCGAAGCUGCUUUCAGACAUAUGAAGCAUGCGUUGACGCACUACGAGGUCUUGAAACUUCCUAAUCCUGGCAAGCCGUUUAUAGUCACCACGGAUGCCAGCCAAUAUGGCAUUGGCGCUGUGCUCGCGCAGCAGGAGGGGCUAAAGUUGAGGCCUGUAGAGUACAUGUCCAAGAAAAUGUCGUCUCAGAAGUUGCCUAAGUCCACCUAUGAGAAAGAACUCUAUGCGGUUUACAAGGCUCUGACCCAUUGGAGACACUAUCUCCUUGGGAGAUUCUUCAUCCUCAAGACUGAUCAUCAGACCCUGAGAUGGAUGAGAACCCAGCCUGUACUUUCUGACGCCCUCAAGCGUUGGAUCGAAGUCAUUGAACAAUAUGACUUUGACCCUCAAUAUCUGAAAGGGGAGUACAACAAGGUUGCGGAUGCCUUGUCGCGUAGACCUGAUUUCUCAGGUGCGCUGAUUACUAAGUUCGAUCUGACAGACCAUGUUACUCAGUCUUUGGUGGAAGCCUAUCGCGAGGAUCAGUUCAUGUCUGAGAUCAUACGCAGACUUGAGGCGAAGGACAACAAGACUUCUGCCGAGUUUGAAUUGGUCAAUGGCUUGUUGUUCCUUGAGAAGGACGGGAAUAAACGAUUGUGUGUCCCAAAUAGCGAGUCUUUGCGUAGUUUGUUUUUAGGUGAGUUCCAUGAUGCCACCGGCCAUUUUGGGUAUAAGAAGACCGCAACCAACUUGCUGCAGCGGUUCUGGUGGCCCUCGAUGAUGCGAGAUGCCCAGCUGUACGUGGAGACUUGUCAAGUUUGUCAACGGGACAAGCCACGUACUCAGGCUCCUCUUGGGCUUCUGAAGCCCCUUCCGAUUUCGGAACGGCCUGGUGAGAGUCUGUCCAUGGAUUUCAUGGAUACUCUGAUCACCAGCAAGAGUGGGAUGUGUCACAUCUUCGUCAUCGUGGAUAGAUUUAGUAAGUAUACUAGAUUAGUACCAAUGUCGGAAACAGCAAAGACGGAGUAUGUGAUCCGGAUGUUCAAAGAGAACUGGGUUAGAGACUUUGGAUUACCGAAGUCUAUUGUCAGUGACAGGGAUGUCCGAUUUACCAGCGAGUUGUGGAAGGCCGCUGCUGCAGAGCAGGGAACUCAGUUGCAGAUGACUUCUGGGAAUCACCCAGAGGCCAAUGAACAGGCAGAGCAACUCAAUCGCGCUGUGCAACACCUGUUGAGGCACUACAUGAAGCCCAACCAAGUGGACUGGGAUGAGAAGCUUGCUCUCAUCGCCAGCCUGUACAACAAUGCUGUACACAGCGCCACUGGGAUGCUUGCAGAUAUUGCUGCCAUGGACCUUAAUCCUGAUAAUGAAGACAGCUUGUUAUACAGCAUUCUCCCGCAUGACAUUUACAAAGAAGUGAAUGGUUCUGCUUUGGCCGCUGCAUUGAGGUCUGAGAAGCUUGCAGACGUGCUGAAAAAGCAGUCCGGACAGGGGAAAAGGGGUGGGGCUUUCCUAUCUGGCAUGGCUUUCAGAGAGAAAGAGAAACGCGGCUCAGAGGACAAUGGUAAAGGGACUCGCCCAAUUACAGUGUGUAGCACCCGGGCAGUGUCGACGAUGCCCGCUGGAACAUUCGAGAACCUCGUGUCACGCUUUGCCAGUCCAUUAAUCUAUGAAUUUCGUUGGCGUGGAAAUCGUCACCGUCACAAGGAGAGAUUAUCCUACUCUCCCAGCAGCCUGCCAUUCGAGGCAAGCUUUCCCCCACAACCACAGGCACGACCCACUCCUGCCAUUCCUGCUCCUGCUAGGGCUGCUACUGCCUACUAUACCACUGCCAUCCGUUCUCGUGUACGCUUUCGUCCUGCCACCAGCCCUGCCGCCUCUGCUGACCCUGUUGCUGAUUCUGGUCGUGAGCCGACUUUCCAGAUUGGGAAAGACAGAUGCCAGGUGGAUGAUGCCCUCGUAGGACGUCCACACUGUGGGGGUGCCAACGAUCCUGCGGCCGCGGUUCCCAAAGCAUCAAGAAAUCUCCUCAAGGGUGGACAGCCUUCUCAGAGGCCAAUCUCAGCAGGCAACCAAUGGCCAUUUGUUUCGGCACCAACUGAGGCCAGUCAUACUGCUAUGUCUCAACAGGGCGCUGGCCUGGAAGAUCUGGAGGAGAUGGAUGGUGGCGCUGGUUGGGGUGCUACCCUUGACGUCCAGGACUCUGGAUCGCCUAUAGGGGUGUUACCUGGGAAACAGGUGCCUCUGCCUUGUCCUAGUGUGGCUCGGCCACCAAGGAUCCCGACAUCCAACAAUCCACCUGAAGUCUUGGGUGCCGCACUCUGGGCGACUAGAAGAUCGCACAAUCGGUAUAAAGGAUCUAAUGAUCCGGAGACAACCCUCAGGGGUCGGAGGAGCGAUAGUCGCGGGAGCCAGAGUGGCGAGGAAUCGAACACAGUAAUGGGGACCUCGACACCGGCACGCGCAGGAAGUGCCUCGUCACCAUCUCCGGGAGCGGAAGUCGGUUGACGGAUAUCAUGCACUCCGCAUAAAGACUCGGGCCGCUGAGCAGACAAAAAAAAAAAAUCAAAGCCCCAUGCAACC